ACUUUGAACUUAGAUUUGUUGUGUUUUAUUUUUUUUUUACAGUUUGAUUUUUUUUGGAAAUGUAUAGAAAUUAGAAUAUCAUUUUACCAUUGAAAUUUAGUUUUCUAUUAGAUUGGUAGUUUUUCAUUAUUAUUUCAUGUUUUUUUGUAAAAUGUAUAGAAUUGCAUUUGUAUAUUUUUCCAUUACAUAAUUUAUUAAAGUUUUAGUUUAAUGUACAGAAUUGCAUUUGUACAUUUUUCAUUACAUAAUUUAUUAAAGUUUAGUUUUCUAUUGCAUUUGUAGUGGACCUAGUGGUAGAUUGGUAGUUUAUUAAAGUUUUAGUUCAAUAUAUAUUUUUUCAUUACAUAAUUUAUUUUUAGUUAUUUAUUUGUGUAUGAUAUGGAGAGAUUUUUUAAACGAACUCGUAGUUCCAGCUCUGGCUCCUCUAAUGAGCCGAAUGUUAUUGAACAAGUGGAAAAUCAAUCUCGUGUAGAAUUAAAUUUAGAUGAUAUUGUUAGUGAUCCGGGAUUAUGAAAACCAAUUGAAGAAUUUGAUAUUGCUAUUCGAGAUCAAGCUCGAAGAGAGUAUGUGCUCCGAGGGCCUUGUCAACCAAAUGGUCAUGUGUAUCCGAAAACAACUUUUGGUAAUCAAGAAAGAAGUUUUCAAGGAACUUGGUAUAACAAAUAUACAUGGCUAGAGUAUAGCAUAUCAAAAGAUGCUGCAUUUUACUUUUGGUGUUAUCUUUUCAAACCGUUAAAUAAAGAAAAUGUAGAUAAUGCCUUUAUAAAAGAUGAAUACAACAAUUGGAAAAGGGCAUUAGAAAGAUUCAAUCGUCAUAUGAGGACUGUGAAUAGUUGUCACAAUGAAGCUAGAAUACAAUUUGAGGCAUUUCAAGAUCAAAGGCAUAGUGUGGGGAAUAUUUACGAGUACAUAGUCGCGAUAUGGAAAUUGAUUAUCGCACUUGUUUAACAGCAAUGUUGGAUGUGACACGCUUUUUAUUGAAGCAAGGGUUACCUUUUCGAGGACACGAUGAGUCAACUAGUUCUUCAAAUAAAGGUAAUUUUCUUGAGUUGCUUGAAUGGUAUAGUCAACGAAAUGAAGAGGUUUCUAAAGUUAUAAAACAAAAUGCUCCUGCAAACAAUCAAUUGACUUCCCCAAAAAUUCAAAAGGAUUUAACACGUGCUUAUGCUUCAGAGAUCACACUUGCUAUAAUCUAUGAUAUUGAUGGGAGUUGUUUUGAGGUAUGUGAAUAAAGAAGGAUGUGUGAUUGAACGAUUUCUUGCAGUUGUGCAUGUGCCUGACACUAGUUCUCAUUCUUUGAAAAUGGCUAUUGAUGCUUUAUUUGUGCAACAUGGUUUAUCAUUAUCUAUAUUGAGAGGCCAAGGAUAUGAUGGAGCUUCAAAUAUGCGUGGCGAGUUUAAUGGAUUGAAAUCCCUGAUACUACAAGAAAAUCCAUUUGCAAUGUAUGUUCAUUGUUUCUCUCAUCAGCUCCAAUUAGUUCUUGUUGCUGUUGCCCAUGAUAAUUUUACUGUGAGUGAAUUUUUUGGGUAUAUAACCAUGAUUGUGAAUAUAUCUGGAGCAUCUUGUAAGAGGAGAGAUCAACUUAGAAAGAUUCAACAUGAUAAGAUAAUUGUUGAAUUGGAAAGUGGAGAAAUUACUAGUGGAAAAGGAAAAAAUCAAGAAACUAAUUUAGCAAGACCUGGAGAUACUCGUUGGGGAUCACACUACUUAACAUUAUUUCGUUUAUGCUCUAUGUGGUAUUCAGUGAUAGAAGUGUUAGAAAAUGUACAUGAUGAUACCUCUUAUUCUGCGAAUAAAGGUGUUGCCACAGGUUUAAUUGAGAAGAUGGAAAGUUAUCAAUUUAUUUUUGUGUUACAUUUGAUGAAGUAUAUAUUGGGAAUUACAAAUAAGUUAUCAUUUUCCCUACAACAAGGGGAUCAAAAUAUUGUUCAAGCCAUGUCCUUGGUUAGAAGUGUGAAAUGUCGACUACAAGACUUCAGGGAAUAUGGAUGGCAGAUAAUUUUGGUACAAGUUAACACAUUUUAUGAAUUGAAUAUGAUUCCAAUACUUGAUAUGGAGGACAACAUGCUAACUCGUGGUCAUGGCAGGUGUAGAGGGCAACUCAUCACCAAUUUUCAUCAUUAUCGUGUGGAGAUUUUUUGUCAAGUAUUAUUUCUAAAAAUCUAUUUUUUUUGUUAAAGAGAUUUCAUUGAUUAUUAAUGUUAUCAUGGUUGCAAAUUUGAAUGCUAGGUUGUUAAUUUAAUUAUACAAGAGAUGAAUAAUCGUUUUUCAGAAGUUAGUACGGAAUUGCUUGGUUGUAUAUCAUGUCUUCAUCCAAGAAAUUAUUUCUCGCAAUUUGAUGUUCACAAACUCAUCCAUCUUGCUUAUUUUUAUCCCGAGGACUUCUGUGGUACUGAUUAUUUAUUUUUGGAACAACAACUUAUGAGUUACUUUUAUAAUCUGCGGGAUGAUCCUUACUUUUCUUCAAUUGAUGACUAGGGAAUUCUUGCUCAGAAAUUAGUUGAUACUGAAAAACAUUUGGUGUUCCCAUUGGUUUAUCGUAUGAUAGAGUUGGCAUUAGUUUUACCAGUUGCAACUGCUUCGGUUGAACGAGUUUUUUCUGCAAUGAAGACUGUGAAGAUUGAUUUACGCAAUAGAAUGGGAGAUGAAUAGAUGAAUGACAGUCCAGUUGUAUAUAUUGAAAAGGAUAUUUUUUCUACAAUUGAAAAUGAGCAAAUAUUACAAUAUUUUCAACGAAUGCAGUCUCGUAGAAUCCAAUUAUCUCCUUUUGUAUCGACUCAUCGGCCGUCGCAGACUUCUAUGCCAACCCGGAAGAAAGGUUAUGGAGAUUCGGUCGAGUAUUAAGUGGGACAAAGGAAAGGCUCUCAAGUUCUAGUCUCUUGGACUCUUGGUAAA